CAGCGCAGCCGCCUCCGGUAGAGCGGGGCUCGCCGCGGCCCAGCGCGACCUUCACGGCUCCGGUUUCCUUCACACCUUGAAAGGACGGAGAGAAGCCAACCAAGAGAAAGCUUCUUGAAUUUUCUGCACUACGUAACUCCAGAUACAGGAUAUAGGGAAAGCAGAGCUUCUGAGAUGUCGUCAGUCAGCAGCGAUUGCCCACACUUGGAAUCAGUUGGUGAAAUAACAAAAGAGGAAUUAAUUCAGAAAUCUCAUGGCACUUGUCAGGACUGUAAAGUUGGAGGACCCAACCUUUGGGCAUGCUUAGAGAACAGAUGCUCAUAUGUUGGCUGUGGUGAAUCCCACGUAGAUCACAGUACUACCCAUUCCCAGGAAACAAAACACUGUCUAACUGUCAACCUUACUACGCUCCGUGUUUGGUGUUAUGCCUGCAGUAAGGAAGUAUUCCUGGACAGAAAAUUAGGAUCUCACUCUCUGCUACCAAAUGCAAGAUUGUCUCACCAAGCACAAGAAAACAGUGUGCAGGACUUUAAAAUACCUAGUAAUCCUGUACUGAAGAUUCCACUAGCAGCUGUAUUUGAUGAUCUAGAUGUAGAAGUGGAAGAAGAUGAGUUGAAGACUAGAGGUCUUACAGGAUUAAAAAAUAUUGGAAACACAUGUUAUAUGAAUGCAGCUUUACAGGCGCUUUCCAACUGCCCACCUUUGACACACUUCUUUCUUGAUUGUGGAGCCUUAGCCAGAACAGAUAAGAAACCUGCAAUUUGUAAAAGUUACCUCAAGCUGAUGACAGAACUCUGGCACAAAAGCAGGCCUGGUUCUGUUGUUCCCACUGGUUUAUUUCAAGGAAUUAAAACAGUUAAUCCAACGUUUCGAGGUUAUUCUCAACAGGAUGCACAAGAAUUUUUGCGUUGUCUAAUGGACUUACUUCAUGAAGAACUAAAAGAGCCUGUUGUAGAAGUGGAAGAUGCCCAACCUAUGAGUGUUGAAGAAAGUAUGGAAGGAGACAAGAGUCCGUCAGAUAUAGGCUUUCAGCCUUGUGAAACCCAUGGUACAAAUGAUAAAUCAGAAAACGAGUCUGUCUUCAAACCUGUCUUAGAGGAUCCUACAGAGACAGCUAUGUUAAUUCAGGAUGAUGAGAACAUCUCCGUUGUGUCCAAAGAUUGGCAGAAAGAAAAAGCAUUGUGCAACAAGCUUAACGAAGAAAGUUCUAUGGAAGACUUAGAAAAAGAUGUAAAUAUUGCUUCGGAAACCACUGAAUUAUUAAAUAAUCAAGGAACUGUCAAAGUACAGAUACACAGCAGAUUCUCAGAAUACAUCAGUGAUGUCCACACGAAUGAUUUAUCUACAGUCCAGAACCUCUCACCAAAUGAAGGGAUAAAUGCACACUUAUCAGGCAGUCCUCCAAAAUCAUGCUCAUCGUGCCCAUCCCUGGCACCAGCCCACAAAAAAGUUUCAACUGUGUCUUCACCAAAAAGGAAGAAAYGCAAGAAGUACAGGAGUGUUAUCUCUGACAUAUUUGAUGGGACUAUAAUAAGCUCAGUACAGUGCUUGACAUGUGAUCGGGUGUCCGUAACCCUGGAGACCUUUCAGGAUCUGUCUUUGCCUAUUCCAGGUAAGGAAGAUCUUGCUAAGCUMCAUUCUGCAAGUCAUCAGACUUCACUAGUCAAGGCAGGAUCAUGCGGAGAAGCAUAUGCACCCCAAGGAUGGAUAGCAUUUUUUAUGGAAUAUUUCAAAAGGUUUGUUGUCUCAUGUGUUCCUAGCUGGUUUUGGGGUCCAGUUGUAAACUUGCAAGACUGUCUUGCUGCCUUUUUCGCCAGAGAUGAGCUCAAGGGUGAUAACAUGUACAGUUGUGGAAAGUGUAAAAAGUUAAGAAAUGGAGUUAAAUUCUGCAAAGUGCAAAAGUUUCCUGAGAUACUGUGCAUUCAUCUCAAAAGAUUUAGACAUGAACUUAUGUUUUCCACAAAAAUUGGGACUCACGUAUCCUUUCCCCUGGAGGGACUUGAUCUUCAGCCCUUCCUUGCUAAGGACAGUCCUGCUCAAAUAGUGACUUAUGAUCUGUUAUCUGUCAUCUGCCAUCAUGGAACUGCCAGCAGUGGACAUUAUAUAGCUUAUUGUCGGAACAAUUUAAAUAACUUGUGGUAUGAAUUUGAUGACCAGAGCGUCACAGAAGUAUCUGAAUCCACUGUGCAAAACGCAGAAGCCUAUGUCCUCUUCUACAGGAAGAGCAGUGAAGAAGCACAGAGRGAAAGACGGAGGAUAUCAGGAUUGCUGAAUAUGAUGGAACCAAGUCUUCUUCAGUUCUAUGUUUCCAGACAGUGGUUAAAUAAAUUUAAGACUUUUGCAGAGCCAGGACCAAUUUCAAAUAAUGACUUUCUCUGUGUGCAUGGAGGUGUUCCUCCCCCCAAGGCGAGUUUCAUAGAAGACCUGGUAGUAAUGCUACCUCAAAAUAUUUGGGAUAAUCUGUAUAGCAGGUUUGGAGGGGGACCAGCAGUUAAUCAUCUGUAUGUUUGUCAUACCUGUCAAAUGGAGUCGGAAAGAAUUGAAAAGAGAAGGAAAAAUGAAUUGGAAAUGUUUAUUCGGCUUAAUAGAGCAUUCCAAGAAGAAGAAUCCCCAUCAACUUUUUAUUGCAUCAGCUUGCCAUGGUUCAGAGAAUGGGAAGGAUUUGUAAAGGGCAAAGACAGUGAGCCUCCUGGUCCUAUUGAUAAUGCCAAGAUUGCUGUCACAAAAGGUGGAAAUGUUAUGCUAAAGCAAGGUGCAGAUUCUGGACAGAUAUCUGAAGAAACAUGGAAUUUUCUACAGUCAAUCUAUGGUGGAGGUCCAGAGAUUAUCCUAAGACCACCUGUUCCUCCAGUAGAUCCUGAUGCCUUGCAAACAGAGGAGAAGAUUGAAUUAGAAACUCAUGGUCUGUAGCUGUUGAGAUAAAGAUGAUCAUGUAAGAUAUUCACCCUUCCUUACAAAAUGCUCCUAUACAUUCCUGAAAGUUUUCUUCUCUGAUGUUUGUAGGAGACAAAGCUCACUGGGCAUUAUGGUAACUAAGGAAUAGUAAGUCAAAAUAUGUAAUAUAAUUUGCUCAAGCAGAGACUUAUUUCUCUGUUUUGGAAGGCAUGUUUUGUACAUUUUGGAAUGUUUAGUCAAUGCAAAACUCAUUUCUGGACUUCUUGGUAUAAGUCAAAAUCUUGUAGUAACCUUAGACUUGAAAAAUUGGAGCAAARUUUUAGACAUGUCAUUAAAUAGCUUUAUUCCUGAUUGGACUGAUUGGACUUAUAAUAUCUACCAACUGCUGCCUGUUUUAACGGUAAAGUUUUGACAGACCUAGGUGUAAGGGGAGUAUAUUUUAAAUGGAUCAGAAUCAUUGAUUUAAUAAAAAGGAAAAAAGUUAACUUCCUAAAUGCUCAGGAAAAAAGUCUUGCUUUUUUGCACUGUAAGUAUAUAGAACAAGUAGUAUAUAACCUUCAAAUACAUUUUGUAUUUGAAUGGAUCAAAUAUUAGUCUAGAUGGAAUAUUGUUCUAGUCAGCAAGUGUCAUAAUUUAUUACCUACUAAAUUGUACGUCGUCUUAUAGGCUGCUUUAACUCUAUAAAGCCUGGCUAGUAUCYUUAAUUUUUUUGUCACAAAAUAUUAUUAGUCUUCUAGAGUGAUGUUUGAGAGCAUGAAGUGUGAAAUGUAAAAUGAUUAUGGACACGAGUGGUAUAAAUUGAAGAAUUAAAGUGUCUGGUCUCMUGAAAUAUAUUCAUGAAACAGUUCCUUUUGAAGUAUUUUAUUGUAUUGUUAAAAAUUGAGUGGCAUGAUGACUUAUGAUGUCAGAAACUGGAUGAAAUA